AUGCCAGAUAAGGUGCUGGCCAUCGUAGAGCAGCUCAGUCAGCAGAACCCCUUCUAUGACCAGGAAGACUUGCCCGAUCCCCCGCGGCCAAGCGAGACAGCCAUCCCUCGUGAUCGCCCUUCCGCGGAGCAAAUUCCAUUCAUUCAGAAACAGAUAAGCAUUCUCAGCUACAACCACCUGCCUCGCACCUUCUUUUCCUUAGAGAAGCACCGCUCGCUGCAGAGCAUCCUUUUCACGGCGAAGGAGGUGCUGGACGAGGCACUGCCCAUCCGCUGCCUCGAGGCGACGUUUGUGGCGUUGCACUAUACGCAAACACUCCACGACAUCGACCGCAUUCCCCUCUCCUUCAAGUCGGAGGCGAAGGGAAACUUCUACCGCCACAUCGUUCUCGUCCUCCGCACGCGCACCGCGCCGAUCCUCUACGGUGCUCUCGGCCUUAGCCGCAAGUCGACGCUCAUGUACAAGCCACUAGCGUAUCGCUCCCUCUUUGAUGUAGUGAUGGACUACAAGCACGAGUACGAGGUUCUCGGGCACGAUCUACUUGACAUAAAGCUGGGCAUCGCCAUCACACACAAUGAACACAGCCGCUGGGACCCGUGCUGGCGCUUUAUUGCCCUCAGGCUUGACGACUAUUGCGACGGUGCCAACGGGAGGUCACUGACGCGCUCGGCGGCAUACCACCGCAAAUCGACUUCACCAGGCACGCUGCAAUCGCACACACCCAAGAGCACCACCCGCGUGGCCAACACCUCCCCCUUUCCCUCAAACGGUGGCCAAACCGCGCUUCCGCUGCUCAACCAAGGCGCCUCUCGCGAAGAGACUUUCACGCACCGCUUGAAUAGUGAUGCGCCGUUAGAGAUGUCGGCGAAAACACUGAGUGGUUCGCACAGCGAGGCGGUGGAGCAUGGAUCCUCGGUACAGUUGCCUCCGCUAAGCACCGUCGGCUCCAUCUUGCCGACAGAGCCGAUUUCCAAUGUGACCCCUUCGCUUCUGCGUUCGUUGAGCACGACAGACGCGACUGCUGAGACGUACGCGCCACUGGCACAACUGCUGAGCAACUACAUGCGACUCUUGCCCACCAUCAGCGAGCAGUACUACAAGGGCAUCGCAACUCUGGACAACAGCAACAGAGCACUAAAGCUGUGCUUCAUGGACCUCGACACCACGGAAAGUGACUCCGGUGCCGAGAACCAGAGACGCCUGCAGCUCAUCGGCGAGAUGCAGUCCCCGCUGAGCGUGGAGGCAAAGCGGUUGGCGGCGAACCGACAGUUGAAGCCACCCAAGAAGGAUAAAGGCAGCGCGAAGAACGCAACCAGCGGAAGUGGAGGUGCCAAACAUCGACAGGCGGGCAACAGCGGCGGCAAAGCGAACAAGCGCACCUCCCUGGGAUUGCCACCCUCGGUAGGUGCGGCGGAUGGCAGGAAGGCCGUCCCACCGGCAACGUUGCCCCACCACCGUUCCCCUCGGAUGCAGCCUCCGUCGGCGACGUCAGAUCUUGCGAACCCACCUGCGCCUCUCGAUACACCUCCCUCUGCGGAGUCGGGACGUGGCGCGCCCCUCUCGGCUGCUUUGGCGAGCGUCAACCACGUCUGUCGUACGUGCAUGCCCUUUCAGCAAAUUGUGGUAGACGCGCAGAACACGGGAAGCUCGACGUCGCCGCUGUGUAGCGGGGAUGGUGGGACGGAGGGGUACAUGAGCCCUUGCGAUGCUAGUCUUGGCGCCUCUGAAGACCCCUUUGCUGCCCCUCCCCUUACCCCGCGCAACUACGAUGCGCGAAAGUCGCUCUCCCAGUAUGAGGCGUCCCUCCGCUUUACAUCGUCGGCAAGCGACAUCUUUUCCACGCAGUCCUCGAUGAGCGCUGCCCUUGUGCGCUCACCACACAGGUCACCCUAG